UGUGGCGGGCUGUGAGGACGUUUAGGACGGGAAGCAGGAACAGAAGAGGAGGGGGGGAAAUAACGUGUCUAUGAUGAUGAGCUCGCUGCUGCUACGCUCCUCACUCGGCCGCUUGGUGACAGCUUUCGGCACCCCUUCCUCUUCCUGCAACAAAGUCGUCACACAAGCAGCAGCCGUACCUCAUCUGUAUUCUUUGAGAAAAACGAUGCACUAUCAAACGGAGCCGAGAGGACACCCGAAUUCCCCCGACUACCGGCUUUAUUUUAAAACCUCUGAAGGGAAAUACAUCUCACCAUUCCAUGAUAUUCCACUUAUAGCGGACGCAGAACAGGACAAUGAUGUGCCAGCCAAAAAACCCAAGAAGGCCGAGAGUGAGGUGCUCUACAACAUGAUUGUUGAGGUUCCCCGAUGGACAAAUGCCAAAAUGGAGAUUGCGACAAAGGAACCUCUGAAUCCGAUCAAACAGGACGUAAAGAAAGGAAAGCUGCGUUAUGUCGCCAACAUUUUUCCCCAUAAAGGUUACAUUUGGAACUACGGGGCGCUCCCGCAGACAUGGGAGGAUCCAAACCACAAAGACAAAGACACCAAUUGCUGUGGGGAUAAUGAUCCCAUCGAUGUUUGUGAGAUCGGCACCCAGGUGUGCUCGCCAGGUGAGGUGAUCCAGGUUAAAGUGCUCGGCGUCUUGGCCAUGAUCGACGAGGGAGAGAUGGACUGGAAGGUCAUCGCUAUCAACACCAAGGACCCUGAUGCCAAAAACCUGAAUAGCAUAGAGGAUGUCCGCAAGAGCCGACCGGGUCACUUAGAGGCCACUGUUGAAUGGUUUAGAAAGUAUAAGGUGCCUGAUGGGAAGCCUGAGAACCAGUUUGGAUUCAACGGACAAUUCAAAGACAAGGACUUUGCAGUUGAGAUCAUUAUGUCCACCCACGAGCACUGGAGGGCACUAGUGCAGAAGGGAAAAAACAGCGGCGGGAUCGAAUGCAAAAAUAUAUCUUGCUGUGACAGCCCUUGCAAAUGCAGCACCGAUGAGGCCAAAGAGGUCGUCCACUCGGCUCCUGCAUUUGGCAGCGCACAUCCUGUGUCUCCAGAGGUGGACAAGUGGCAUUUUGUCUGAGGUCCCUUCAAACAGCACGGAAACCAUCAAAUUGACUUUUGAUGAAACGAAUGAUGCAACAACAAUUCUGCAUCUUUUGUAUGCAGCUGGAUUUAUUUUUGGUAAGCACUCAGUCUCAUCUGUAUAAAGGUGCCAUGUAGAAAACUACCCAGCACACUGCCAAUACGAGACUAUAUGUACUGUUGUAAGGCUGAUUAAAGGAUCAUAAGUGA